UAGCUUUUUCAUUGGUCGAAAUUUGAAAAAACAUAGACAAUAGAACGUCGUAAACGCAACAGCUGAAACUACCAAAAUGUGUGUUGUCCGUUGACGCUGGAUAACAAUUUCGAGGGUGAUUUUGAAUUUAUACGGCACAUUGUCUAGUCUACACGCAAUAUUUCAAUAAAUAUGUGCCCUUAGAAAAAGGAAUUACGCAUUUCCGUUUUACUUGCCAUUAUUUCCGUUAACGGCUCGCGUUUAGCCGGAUCUGAUCAAUCGUCAAUAGUUGUUUACGGAAGAAGCGGGGACAAUGGCAUCAUUCAGAAUUCACGAAGAUCAAGAAAAUGCUUCUCUGGCGACCAGAAAAGAAAAUGCCGAUGUAUUUUCGGCGGCUCAGCGGCGUGCUCUCGGCGACCUCAGUCAUUUCGCCUGCAAUCAGAACCGGAAUAUCAAAUUGGCCGGAUUGACAAAUGGACCUUGCAAAGUCCAAGAUGAGACACGGACAGUGCGUCAAAUUAAAAAUGAAAAGAAUAUUGUACCCCCUGUGGCGCAAUUUCGCGCCUUCAGCGUCUAUGAAGACAAACCUUCGGAGGUGGAAGUCAAGAAACGCGAGCCAACUUUCAAGCCCUUCGUUGCCAAGGACACCAAAAAAGAGAGUUUCUUCAUCAGCGCUGCAGAAAAUGUGCGCGCCCUUUGCUCUCAGGUUGAGAAGCAGUCAGAUCGGCCUACUGAAGCACCUCCAAAGAGACUGCCGUUGCAAGAGAAGAAAGAUGUGGUGGAAUCACCCAUGUCUGUUGGAGAUGCCAGUAUCCUUUCAUCAAUGUCAAUAUCCAAGAAUGAGAGCAACAUUCUUGAAGUUACUCUUGAAGAUGAUGAGGAAGAUACAACUACUGCACAGACAGAUAGAGAGAUGUUCUUUCAUGUUGUGGAGUAUCGGCAGGAUAUUUAUGAAUACAUGAGAGAAAUUGAGGUAAAGCACAGAGCAAAACCAGGCUACAUGCGAAAACAACCAGACAUCACCUAUGUGAUGCGUUCAGUGCUGGUUGACUGGCUUGUGGAAGUGUGUGAUGAAUACGGCCAGCAGAGUGAGACUCUACACCUUGCGGUUUCCUACGUCGAUCGGUUCCUGUCCUACAUGAGUGUGGUUCGCACGAAACUGCAACUCGUCGGUACGGCGGCCACUUAUAUUGCGGCGAAAUACGAGGAAGUGUACCCGCCGGAAGUGUCAGAAUUCGUGUACAUCACGGACGACACGUACACGAAGCGCGAGGUGCUGCGCAUGGAGCACCUCAUCCUGAAGGUGCUCUCCUUCGACCUGUCCACGCCCACGUCGCUCGCCUUCCUCUCGCACUACUGCAUCUCCAACCAGCUGCCCAAGAAGACCUUCCAUUUGGCGGCUUACAUCGCGGAGCUGUCGCUGCUGGAGGCGGACCCGUACCUGCAGUACAAGCCGUCCGUGAUCGCGGCCGCGGCGCUGGCCACGGCGCGCCACUGCCUGCACUGCCGCCGCUGCGACAAGCCCGGCGACGACACCGAUACUAUUCACAGCGAUUGCUUGUCGGCGGCGUGGCCCGCGGCGCUGGCGGCGUGCGCCGGCUACAGCGCCGCCGAGCUGGCGCCCUGCCUGCGCGAGCUGGCGCGCUCGCACGCGCACGCGCCGCGCCAGCCCUACCAGGCCAUCGUCGACAAGUACAAGACCAACAAGUUCGACGGCGUGUCGGCGAUAGCGGCGCGGCCGCUGUGCGCGGUGGCGCCGUACGUGCCGCCCGCCGCCGCCGCCGCCGCCUCGCGGGACAGCUCCCGCUCGAGCUAGCCCGCCCUCACCGCCUCAAGCUGACGUCGUCCGCCCCGCUUCCACUGGUCUACGUUUUCAUUGGAGCAAACUGACAGGUGUAGUUUUUAGCAUAAAACUAUACUGUGACGGCGGAAGCUAACCCGGUCCGCCGGCUGCCGGGCCUGGUCCAUUUUACCUAAAUUAAUUUGUAAGUUAAAUAAUUCUUGUUAACGGAGAUGGACCUCUUGUCCGGUGCAGACUACGGCGCUAAAUUAGUUCUCCUUAUUUAAAAUUCCUAUUUAUCUAGAGCGGUGUCCGUGGUGACCGGAAAGCGGCAUGCGCGUUUCGAGGUUCCGUCUUGGAAAACAUUUAAAAACGAAUGUUGAAGCGAUAUUUAAUAUGGGUAUUUAAUAAAAAGAAUAUUAUAAUUAAAUCCCAUCGAGGUUUAGUGUCCAGAACGCGCUUGGCCCGUGAUUAAGGGGUAAUCCUCAUCGCAUAAAAAUAUAACACUACAUAGUUUGCUCCAGUAAAAAAAGUUGAAAAACAGUCUAAAAAUAUUAGCAAGGUGACAUUAGCCACCUUCGACUUAGUACGUUACUGCUACGAAGACACUUUCGAAUCUUCCUCAGAUUAUUACGCGCUAACUGUCGUCCCUUUGCUUCUUAAUUAAACGGAAAACGGUUUGCGUUCCACGUAGUCGUAACGAAGAGUCGAAAGUUUUAAAUGUUACUGCCUGUUAAUUAAAUUUAGAGUGGGCUAACAUUUCAUACAAAUCUGGUGUUUCUAAAUAGAUGUUCCUACAUUCGUAAGAUACUGGCAUAUGUUAUUUUGUCUACACUUUAUGUGCAUGUAAUCAUGUUAAUUGAAUGGUAUCAAUUCCUAUCAUGUGAAUAUCAUUUUUUUAUAUUUUGAUGUUGCUUUGUUUUCGCCGAGUUUGUAUGAAAUUGUAUAACUCUUAUAGGUGUUAGUAGUACAAUUUCGUCGGUCCCGGGGUCAUAAUGGCGCGCACCAAAGUUCCCAAGACACGUACUUCCAGAUCUAGAAAAGCGCUUGGGACCAAUUUUUACGGAAGUGACAAGCUAUAAAGUAUUGCAUAUCCUUCAGUACCUGGCAAGUAACUAUACUAAGACUCCAUGUGGAGCGCGGGUUUUGUAAUACACGCUCUUCGCUAUAGAUUUAGAUAAAAUAUGACUGACUUGUGAUUUGAGAGUGACCCAGUAAACUUGCAUUUACAAAUAUUAUACAAGUACUCGUAUUGAAGCUAACGUUUCAGUUCUCUAUAUAUUGAAUGUGUGAAUUGGUUUGAUAGUUCUAGUAUUAACAGUUUCCUAUGGAAAUUCAAAUGAAGACUACUGUUGGUUUGUGCUAAAAUGUAACAUUCAUAUGUAAGGUGCGCCGUGAGUAGUACUCUGCUACGCUUUGUAGUACCUUUAGAUGCACGAAAUAGCUAAGAUCACAUUGUACAGAUUUAAUUUUAAGUGUUAUAAUUUUUAUUUUGUAAUACUUUUGUGUUCAUCUAUUUUACAGUUUUCCACAAUUUUUCCGCGUUCAUUUAUGUGUAAUUCUUCCACUCUAACAUCAGCUUCCGUUUAUUUGGGUUUUAAGCUCAACAUUUGUGUCUUCAAUUAACGAAACUAGUCCUCAAGUACUACUUUGGUUAAUUAAGAAGACAUACUCGGAACACAACAUAGACUCAUAACAUGUUCAACACUUGCAAUCUGAACCUCUAGUGUAAAUUUAUUCGAUAGCGUAACGUGACGUACGCGUUUGCGUUAAGUCUCAUUUCGCACGGGAUAUUAUUUAAGACCAAAAUGUAAAUAAAUAAAUAAAUAAAUAAAUAUUAUAGGACAUUAUUACACAAAUUGACUAAGUCCCACAGUAAGCUCAAUAAGGCUUGUGUUGAGGGUACUUAGACAACGAUAUAUAUAAUAUAUAAAUAUUUAAAAAUACUUAAAUACAUAGAAAACACCCAUGACUCAGGAACAAAUAUCCAUGCUCAUCACACGAAUAAAUGCCCUUACCAGGAUUUGAACCCGGGACCAUCGGCUUCAUAGGCAGGGUCACUACCCACUAGGCCAGACCGGUCGUCAAAAUGUACAAAUGGACAUGAUUCAAUGGAAUAAAUGAUAUGAUAUGAUUUAGAAACAGCGUGCCUAGUGACGUUUUGGAAACUCAAAAUCCCAUACAAAAUGAGACUAAACGCAAACGCCUACGUCACGUCACGCUAUCGAACAAAUUUACACUAGGGGUACUGAAUUAUUAUGCCAAAAUACUAUGAAACCGCGAGUUACAGUUCAAACCUAAAUGUUUGUUAGUAAAUUAUUAUUUUUGAGACUUAAGGUAUGUUUAAUAUUGCUAAUUAGUUUAUAAUGUAAUUUAAUAUAAUAUAAUCGCAGUUUUGCUCGAGUUUUACACUAAGGAGGGUAAGUACCUAUGAGUAUAUUGAUAAUAUAUAUUGAUAUUUUGAAAUA